GAAUCUCUUUGAUUGAGUUGUGGUGCAAAUAACACCAAAUAUCCCGCCACUGAGCUAUUACGGUUAAGAUUUGAUUACAUCCACUUGUUUUUGUGUUUAUUGAUAAGAAAUUUACACUCAUGUACAGAAAUUGUGCCUAUGUAUGCAUGUUUAACUGAAAGAGUCUAUUUUGUAAAAACUUCAACUUGAGCUGCAAGCAUGCAACACAGCUCAGUUUUUAUAUUCCAGUAGAACAAUAUCUAAAUGCCAUGUAUUUUGUGAGUUUUUCGUGUUAUUUUUGGGCCACAGUCAGGAAUGAAAACAUUGCCAUUGAAACUGCAGAAGACCGUGAAUUUCUGAAUGUUAGAUAUUUUCCAUUAUAUUAAGAUAUUCGUGUAAAAGUUACAUAAUCGAUAUUGUUUGGUUUAUUAUAUUCCGUUUCUGAUACGGAGACUCUGUAUCCACAUUAAAUAACAAAUGUCCUACUUUCCAGUGAGAUCACAUAUGGAAAAUUUCUUGAUUCGUCCGUACGCCUGCAACGUAUGAAGAAACCGCUUUUAGCAUAGUAACAGAAUUCUCCAACGAAAGUUGCGUAAUGGUCGUAACAGAACAACCAUGUGAAAAAGCGUCUCAUAGGGCUGAGAUAUGGUUAUAUGAUUGGCUCUGGAGAAUGUCAAUUAUAUCUGACAGCCAAUGGUUAUGUGCUUCCGGAAAAUAUUGCGGGAAUGUUAAAGAAGGGAACUUGUUUAUGAAUUUUCGUGCGGAGCUUGUAGUUGAAUUUGGUUGUAAGGUAAUAGCUGAAAAUGAGAACGAUAGAAGAAGUUCAGGCUACACUUCAAAUAGCUAAACUGAAAGAGGAGGAUUUCCAUCCUACAGUUCAUUGCUUGUCAUUUGGGGAACACGUAUCCUCUGGCGAUUACUGUCUUAUGGAGCUUGAUGAAACUUUAUGCAAGCAUAUAGAGGCUGGCAAGAGCCUCACUAUUAGGGGAGAUAAAGACGAGCAUGCAAUUCUGUGCAGCGAAGACAAGACGUAUGACCUGAAAAUAGCAGAUACUUCCAACCUGCUUCUCUUUAUACCAGGCUGUGAAACUCCAGAUCAGUUCCCCAGAGAGCAGUCUGCUCCCAGCCUCGUUCAUGCACAAGUUUGGGGUUUUUCCAAUAACUACUGGGAGCUGAGGAGGCAGCAUCCCAGGCUGAAAAAGCUGAAGAAGCUGCUGAUGGAGAAGCCUUAUGCUGGCCUGCUGGCUGGAGUGGAGGAGGGAUCGGAUGGGAAUACCCCGAGGUACACUAUGGAGGACCUGCUGGAUAGAAUUCAAGCCAGUGAGAAGGAAAUUGUCAGCCAGCUUCAGAAUAUACAUGCCUGCGAAAUUGAGGCAGGCUACUGGAGGAUUCUGGACUUUGACUACGAGAUGAAACUGCUCGGUCACGUGGCCCAGCUGGUGGACUCUGAGUCGUGGUCUUUCAGCAAAGUUCCUCUGACUGUAAGCUUGCAGGAACUUGGGCCCCUUGAACCAAAAGAGAUGAUAGAACACUGCUUAAAUUGCUAUGGGAGGCGCUACACUGAUGAAGACGGAGAGGUGUAUUUCGCGUUGGACGAAGACAAGGUGUGCCGGGCCAUGGCACAGAUGCUCCUGCAGAAUGCCGUUAGGUUCAACCUGGCCGAGUUCCUGGAGGUGUGGCAGCAGAGCGUGCCCGAGGGCAUGACUACCAGGCUGGACCAGCUCAGGAGUGUAGCUCUCGUGGACCGCAGUUCCAGACCUGAGACCAUCUCCCUGCUGAGAGUGGAGGACUUGCCAGGGGACACUUUAGAGCGUUUCAGCUGUCUCUUCAGCAUGAGAGAGAAGUGGACUGAGGAAGACAUUGUUCCCUACAUACAGGAUCUCUGUGGUGAAAAGCAGACUACUGGAGCACUUCUCACCAAGUACGCACGCUCGUCCAUGCAGAACGGGAGAAAGGUGUACAAUUCGAGACGGCCCGUGGCUACUUGAACCUCUCGUCCCUUUUGUUCUCUUUGUAAAUAAAAUGUUUACUGCUUUGAAAA